UUUGCAACAGCAUUCAGCAUUGAGUUUGCACAAAAAUUGCGAUUCAGCACAACGACAUGCGAUUACCAUAACAUCCUCCACACCUUCAGUCCCACUGCUCGCUACAUCUGAUCACUCUGCAAGGAUGUCGCAAUCAACCCCCCAGGCUCCAUCACAGCCUCCUGCUCCAUUUGACCGCGCCAAACUUAUACACAACGUCUCCCUCGGCGCCUUAAUAGCCUGCCCAAUAAUCAUCCUCCUCCCACCGCGAAAACUAGACAUCUACACGCUCGCCCUCCUGUCCGGGACGUUCGCGGGCGGCAACCAGCUCUCAAAAGAAUACACGGGAACGUCUAUGUUGCAGCGCUUUGGGAAUCGGCUUGAGAGUGUGAGUGGGAGAGAAUUACCGCCGAAGGCACAGGAGAUGCAGAUUAGGUUAAGGGAGGAGAAGGUUCGUCGGGAGGAGGCCCUAGCAGGUGGCAGGGGCAUUGGGGGGAUGAGGAGGAAGGGAGAGGAGUUGGCGGAGCGGGUUAGGGUAGAGAAGGAGCAGAAGCAGACGGAGGACAGGAGUUUGUUGGGGAAGGUUUGGAUGGGGAAUGAGGGUGAAGAUUGGAAGGAGAAGAGGGAGAAGCGGGAGAAGGAGGCGCUGGAGGAGGGCAAGGGGUACGGAGGCUUGAUUAUGGACCAGAUUUGGGACGUGUGGAAUUGGGGGCGUGAUAAGACGGAGGAGAUUAAGGAGAAAGAUGAGAAGGUUGUUGAGGAGAGGAAGGCGGAGAAGGCAGGGGGAAAGAAAUGAGCAAGAUAGCUGGGAUAUAUUCUGGAACGACGCCGGCACACACUCUCACGGGUAAUAUGAUGGCUACAUGGGAUGGUCAGGCAGACAGAGUGCGGUCGGGACUCUGAAAGCUGGUGUGUGAUAGGUUAAUUUGGGCUAUAAUGUUUAUAUGCAUUGCGUGGAGUUCGGGUCAACAUGCAUCGGUGUCGGAAUACGGUUGAUUGGACUGUUCUCUACUUGUACAGUAAAUUCACGUGCAAGAGGAUUUAAGAUCACAAUGCACAAAAUACUCUCCUCACAACCUACAUAAACC